ACGUCUAAAUAUGGGGCCUGCUGGAAAAAAGCACUCUGGGAAAUCUGGGAAACCACCCGUGGAGGAUCAGCUUCUAAAAGUCUGUGACUUGGAGAAAAAAGAUAAAGGUGUGAGUGGUUCAGAGGAGGAAGUUUCCCAAGAAAAGACUCCAAUAAUUGUUAAGCGUGGGAAGAAAAGGCCUUCUGCAGGAAUGGUUGAAGAUAUGGGUGGUGAAGUACAAAAUAUGCUGGAAAACUUUGGAGCUGACAUUAACAAGGCUCUUCUUGCCAAAAGAAAAAGACUAGAAGUGUAUACCAAGGCUUCUUUCAAAACUAGCAAUCAGAAAAUUGAACAAGUUUGGAAAACACAACAAGAGCACAGGCAGAAGCUUAACAAAGAAUACUCUCAACAGUUUCUGACUUUGUUUCAGCAGUGGGAAAUAGACAUGAAGAAAGUUGAAGAACAAGAAGAAAAACUAUCUAAUGUGUUUCGACAACACCAAAAGGUUUUUCAGCAAACUAGAGUUGCUCAGAAUCAGAGACUGAAAACAAUUAGACAGUUAUAUGAGCAGCUUGUAAAGGGUUUGGAGGACUUGGAGAAGAAUAAUGGUACUCUACUUAGUGGUACACAAACUGAACUUAAAAAAGAAAUGGCUAUGUUGCAAAAAAAAAUCAUGAUGGAAACUCAGCAGCAAGAGAUGGCAAGCGUUCGAAAGUCUCUUCAAUCCAUAUUAUUCUGAUGACUCUUUGAAGAAAGAACUUGAACCUAAGUAAUGUGAUAUAAUUAUAACAUU